UCGAACAAUGUUGCCCCAAUUGUUUCACGUAGUCACAGCAAUAGCCUUUUUGCUGGUGACCAGCCAUGCUGGGGACCACCGUGAAGGAAUGCAGAGAAUCCCUGGCAAACCUGGACUGAACGAAUUGCCUGCAAGAGAAGGAAAGCCUGGUUUAAAAGCAGACCCAGGACUGCGAGCAGGUCCCUCAGGGCCACCAAGUUCCAUGAGAGGCCCUCCUGGAAAAGAUGGGCUUCAUGGGCCCCAAGGGCCUAGGGGUGAACGAGGCGAGAAGGGAGAGCGAAGGCGGCCUGGACAACCAGGCCUACCUGCUAUUCAUAAUCCUGAAUUAGAAGAAACCCUCAAAGGAUUCAAAAAUCAAAUUGCCAGACUGGAAGGAGUCUUUGCUUUGGAUGGGAACAUAACAUUUGGAAAAAAAACGUUUGCUACCAAUGGACAAGAAGUCGAUUUUGAGACCACACUGGAAGCAUGCAAACAGGCGGGCGGCUCCAUUGCAUCUCCCAGGAACAAGGGGGAGAAUGAUGCUGUUUUCAGUAUUGUGAGGUUAUUUAACAGAUAUGCCUAUCUGGGCAUUAAGAGAGGUGCGAUUCCAGGUAAAUUCAGUUUCCUGGAUGGAACAGCCGUAAAUUAUACAAACUUGCAUGCAGGCGAGCCCAGUGACAUAGGGGAAGAAAACUGCAUGGAGAUGUGCACUGACGGUGCCUGGAAUAGCACAAGUUGCAACCAGAACCGCCUCACUAUCUGUGAAUUCUAAUCCUCGCUCCUACCUUUCCUUCAAAAUGUCGGACAUCUGUAGGGUCCUUUGAAUUCUUUCUUUCAUCCACAAACAAGAAUCUGUUUUCUCAGCAUUGUAGUUAGUGACUUCUGUGAUUAUUCUGUAUGAGAAAAUGAAAAUCAAUAAAGUCAUGAUGCACUA